GGAGCACUGCAAGUUUGCUGUUGUCUGACGGCAGUAGGGAUGUGUACCGCGGAUGUUUUAUAUUCUCGCCGUGCGAAUGCGAGGCUGUAAUAUGAGGCUCCGAGAUCUAUUUUAAUAACGCACAGGAGGUUUUUUUUUUUUUUUGCUCCUUGCGCAGAUCUUUCCUCCACAGCUCCUCAAGCUGACUGCCCACGCUAGGACACAAAGAGGACCCAGAAGUGCUCGGUUGGACAUGGAGAUGGUGGCCAUUUGGAGGAGCGUGAUGCUGCUGGAUGUCCUGUUGGAUCGCUGACUCCUCAGACUGCAGGACACCGGAUGAAUCCUCAACCCUCCUGAGCGUCCACUGCCAUCCAGCACUGCGAGUCUGAGCUCCAGGAUGACUGUGGUGGUUGCUGGAGACAACAUGGACGAGACCUCUUCCACCCUGCAGGGCCACCCGCAGGACUCACAGUAUUCGCCUGAGUGCUGCGAGAGAGUCGUCAUCAACAUCUCCGGGCUGCGAUUCGAAACGCAGCUCAAGACGCUGGCCCAGUUCCCCAACACACUCCUGGGAAACCCCAAGAAAAGGAUGCGCUACUUCGACCCUUUAAGGAACGAGUAUUUCUUUGAUAGAAAUCGGCCGAGCUUCGACGCCAUCCUCUACUACUAUCAAUCAGGGGGAAGGUUAAGACGUCCUGUUAACGUACCCUUGGAUAUGUUCUCCGAGGAAAUUAAGUUCUACGAGCUUGGAGAAGAAGCCAUGGAAAAGUUUCGAGAGGAUGAAGGCUUUAUUCGUGAGGAAGAGCGCCCCCUGCCGGAUAACGAGUUUCAGAGGCAGAUCUGGCUGCUUUUUGAGCAUCCCGAAAGCUCGGGACCUGCAAGAGGGAUUGCCAUAGUGUCCGUCAUGGUUAUUCUUAUUUCUAUUGUUAUUUUUUGUUUGGAGACGUUACCCGAGUUGAAGGAGGACCCGCAGGGACGUCUCCAGGUGAUUGGGAACAGCACGUUCUACUACAAACCAAAUAUUCUCACCGACCCGUUCUUCGUUGUGGAGACGCUCUGCAUAAUCUGGUUUUCUUUCGAGUUGAUCGUCCGCUUCUUCGCUUGCCCGAGCAAACCUGCCUUCUUCAAAAACAUGAUGAACACCAUCGACGUGGUGUCCAUCAUCCCGUACUUCAUAACGCUGGGAACGGAGAUGGCGGAGGAUCCCGAAGGCGGGAAGGAGGCGAAGGGCGGAGGCGAGCAGGCGACAUCUCUGGCCAUUCUCAGGGUUAUCCGCUUGGUCAGGGUGUUUCGGAUAUUUAAGCUUUCCAGACACUCCAAGGGCCUUCAGAUCUUGGGGCAGACUCUGAAAGCUAGCAUGCGGGAGUUGGGACUGCUCAUCUUUUUUCUGUUCAUCGGAGUCAUCUUGUUUUCCAGCGCCGUCUACUUCGCUGAAGCCGAAGAGAAGGAUUCGUUUUUCACAAGCAUCCCCGACGCCUUCUGGUGGGCGGUGGUUUCCAUGACUACCGUGGGGUAUGGAGACAUGUACCCUGUGACUAUCGGGGGCAAGAUAGUAGGCUCUCUAUGUGCCAUAGCUGGAGUGCUAACCAUUGCACUUCCAGUGCCUGUGAUUGUGUCCAACUUCAACUAUUUCUAUCACAGAGAGACAGAAGGAGACGAGCAGGCGCAGCUCCUCACGGUGAGCAAUCCCAACAUCGCGUCCGACACUAACUCCAGUCGCCGCAGCUCGUCCGUCAUGAUUGAAAAUAAAUAUCUCUCUCUCGAGUCAGUGAACAAUGCAAUUAAGAACUUUGCAUACACUUUCUCUGACAAAACUAACAGACCUCAGCAAAUUCCAAAGGCUUUUGCCACGAAAGGAACAAUUGUCGAUGUCGAAUACCGCCUGCGACAGGGUAACCUGGCCUAUCUCAAGGACACCACAUACCUCAAAAUGACCAAAGAACUUAAGCAUGACAUCCUGGAAAAACUGGCGGAAACUAUGUUUAGCUUCAAAGCCUAUCCAACAAAUGAUGACUAUGCACAGGUUGCUGCUGCUCUGAUCCAGGAUGAGAAACUUGGGACACCCUGA